CGGCCCGUGCGCGGUGCGGCGCUGCGCGGCGGGGACGAGCUCCGGGCCCGGCGCCCGGCCAGCAGCUGCCUCAGCAUGGAGAGUCGGGCCGGCCUGGCAGCCGCCCCCAGAGCGCUGCCUUACUACGUGGCUUUCUCCCAGCUGCUGGGCCUGACUGUGGUGGCCACGACGGGGGCUUGGCUCGGUCUGUACAGGGGCGGCAUCGCCUGGGAGGGCGCCCUGCAGUUUAACGCGCAUCCCCUCUGCAUGGUCAUAGGCCUGAUCUUCCUGCAGGGAGAUGCCCUGCUGGUUUACCGGGUCUUCAGGAAUGAGGCCAGACGCACCACCAAAGUCCUGCACGGGCUGCUACACGUCUUUGCGUUCAUCAUCGCCCUGGUGGGCAUGGUGGCGGUGUUCGACUACCACCGGGAGCAGGGUUACGCAGACCUGUACAGCCUACACAGCUGGUGCGGCGUCCUCGGGUUCGUUCUCUACUUCGUGCAGUGGCUCGUGGGCUUUAGCUUCUUCCUGUUCCCCGGAGCUGCGUUUUCGCUGCGGAGCCGAUACCGCCCACAGCACAUCUUCUUUGGCGCCGCCAUCUUCCUUCUGUCUGUGGGCACGGCCCUGCUGGGCCUGAAGGAGGCGCUGUUGUUUAAGCUCGGGGCCAAGUACAGCACAUUUGAGGCUGAGGGUGUCCUGGCCAACGUGCUGGGCUUGCUGCUGGUCGGCUUCGGGGGGACUGUGCUCUACAUCUUGACUCGCCCUGACUGGAAGCGGCCACCCCAGGCGGAAGAACAAGCUCUCUCCAUGGACUUCAAGACGCUGACAGAGGGCGACAGCCCCAGCUCCCAGUGACGGCCUGCCCUUGUCCCACGGGGAGGGCCUGGCUGUGGCUGGCCUCCUCAGUUCUGGGGGGUUUGGAUAGGCGUCUUUCCCACGCUCUGUCGAGGCUGUCUUUAGGCUCAGCGGCUCCUGGGAGGGCUGGGCAGUGUGGUUAGGGAGCGUGGGGGCAGUGUUCCCCUUGGAGCGCUCAUUUCUGGGGUAUAGGGCUUGGCUUUCUCUGCUUUCCCUCCUUGUUGCUGCUUUAGAGUCCUGUUAGUCAUGCACAGACCCCUGCCCCUGUUGUCAUCGUCACCCCCUCAAAUCGAGCAGCUUUGGGUCGGGUUUUGGGUGGUCAGUCCUGGUUACAAAAGCACAGAUCCUUCAA